UCGUCCAAUGAGCGUUCAGUUGAACAAGAGCCGGGAGUAAUGUGUGUUGGUAGUGCAAACCGAAAGGCGCCAGUAAAUGAAGUCUAAAUUACCUAAAUAACUAGCUACACUUGGAUCACAUUAACGAAUCUUCUCACGUCGUAGAAAACUGCGAGUCAGGUGCACGCGAUGGACGCGGAGGGGUUCGGAGAGCUUCUGCAGCAGGCGGAGCAGCUCGCGGCGGAGACCGAGGCAAUCUCUGAGCUGCCUCAUGUGGAAAGAAACCUACAGGAGAUCCAGCAAGCUGGCGAGAGGCUGCGCUCCCGCACCCUCACCCGAACGUCACAGGACACUGCUGAUGUCAAAGCGUCCAUCCUGUUGGGCUCCAGAGGCCUGGACAUCUUCCACAUCUCCCAGCGUCUGGAGAGCCUGAGUGCGGCCACCACCUUCGAGCCUCUUGAGCCGGUCAAGGACACGGACAUUCAGGGUUUUCUGAAGAACGAGAGGGACAAUGCUCUGUUGUCAACCAUCGAGGAGUCACGACGCAGGACGUUCCUCCUGGCGGAGGAGUACCACAGGGAGUCGAUGUUGGUGCAGUGGGAGCAGCUGAAGCAGCGGGUGCUCCACACCCUCCUGGGGGCGGGGGAGGACGCCCUGGACUUCACCCAGGAUGUGGAGCCCAGCUUUGUGACUGAUGUGGGGGCACCAGGACGCAGCUCGCUGGACAGCGUGGAGGUGGCCUAUGGACGACAGAUCUACGUUUUCAACGAGAAGAUCGUGAACGGCCACGUCCAGCCCAACCUGGGGGACCUGUGCGCCUCUGUGGCCGACAGCCUGGAUGACAAGAACGUGUCUGAGAUGUGGCUGAUGGUGAGGCAGAUGACGGACGUGCUGCUGGUCCCGGCCAAGGACUCACUGAAGAGCCGCGUGGCCGUCAACAUGCAGAUGGCCUUCGUCCGGCAGGCCCUGCAGUUCCUGGAGAACAGCUAUAAGAACUACACCAUGGUGACCGUGUUUGGAAAUUUGCACCAGGCCCAGCUGGGUGGAGUCCCAGGGACCUACCAGCUGGUACACAGCUUCCUCAACAUCAAACUGCCUGGACCACUCCCAGGCAUGCAGGAUGGAGAGGUGGAGGGCCACCCUGUCUGGGCUCUGAUCUAUUACUGCCUGCGUUGUGGGGACCUGUCGGCCGCCAUGCAGGUGGUGAACCGGGCCCAGCACCAGCUGGGCGAGUUCAAGAACUGGUUCCAGGAGUACAUGAACAGCCCCGACAGACGUUUGGCUCCCGCCACAGAGAAUAAGCUCCGCCUACAUUACCGCCGCGUGCUGCGGAACAGUGCCGACCCCUACAAGCGCGCCGUCUACUGCCUCAUCGGCAAGUGCGACAUCGCCGACAACCACGGGGAGGUCGCCGACAAGACCGAGGACUACCUGUGGCUCAAGCUGAACCAGGUCUGCUUCGAGGACGACGCCAACAGCGCACCCCAGGACAGACUGACCCUGGCACAGCUUCAGAAACAGCUGCUGGAAGACUAUGGAGAGUCGCACUUCUCGGCGAGCCAGCAGCCCUUCCUGUACUUCCAGGUGCUGUUCCUGACUGCGCAGUUCGAGGCAGCCGUGGCCUUUCUGUUCCGCGUGGAGCGUCUGCGCAGUCACGCCGUGCACGUGGCCCUGGUCCUCUACGAGCUGCGUCUGCUGCUCAAGUCAUCAGGCCAGAGCGCCCAGCUGCUGAGUCAGGAGGCGGGGGACCCCCCCAUGGUGCGGCGCCUCAACUUCAUCCGCCUGCUCAUGCUCUACACCCGCAAGUUCGAGUCCACCGACCCCCGCGAGGCUCUGCAGUACUUCUACUUCCUGCGCAAUGAGAAGGAUAGCCAGGGGGAGAACAUGUUCAUGCGCUGUGUCAGCGAGUUGGUCAUCGAGAGCCGAGAGUUUGACAUGCUUCUGGGACGGCUGGAGAAAGACGGCAGCAGGAAGCCCGGAGCCAUCGACAAGUUCGCCGGAGACACGCGGGCCAUCAUCAGCAAAGUGGCGCAGGAGGCGGAGAACAAGGGGCUGUUCGAGGAGGCCGUCAAGCUGUACGAGCUGGCCAAGAACCCAGACAAGGUUCUGGAGCUGAUGAACAGGCUGCUGAGCCCGGUGGUGGCUCAGAUCAGUGCCCCCCAGUCCAACAAGGAACGGCUGAAGAACUUGGCGCUGGCCAUCGCCGAACGUUACCGGACCCACGGCGUGGCGGGGGACAAGUCCGUGGACAGCACCUUCUACCUGCUGCUGGACCUCACCACGUUCUUCGACGAGUACCACGCAGGCCACAUCGACCGCGCUUACGAUGUGAUGGAGAGGCUGAAGCUGGUUCCUCUCAGUCAGGACAGCGUAGAGGAGAGGGUGGCGGCCUUCCGGAACUUCAGCGACGAGGUCCGGCAUAACCUGUCAGAGGUCCUCCUGGCCACCAUGAACAUCCUGUUCACGCAGUACAAGCGCCUGAAGGGGGCGCCGGCGGGCACCCCGGGCCGGCCACAGCGCUCCAUGGAGGACCAGGAUUUGCAGCUGCGCAGUCAGGCGCGGGCGCUCAUCACGUUCGCGGGGAUGAUCCCCUUCCGCAUGGCGGGAGACACCAACGCCAGGCUGGUCCAGAUGGAAGUCCUGAUGAACUGACCUGUCUGCUACCACCGCCGCCCCUCCCCAAAAUCCCUCCCCUGUUCCCUCCUCCCCUGUUCCCUCCUCCCCCCUCAUUCAUUUACCGCUGACCCCCCCCCCCCCCCUCCAUUCGCAUUGUGUUUCUGUGUUCUCCUUUAUAUUUGUAUUUUUCUUACAUUUGAAAUAAUAAAAAAAGAAAUUAAGUUUA